CAUAAUUGGCUAGCCUAGAUAUUAAAUACAUAAUAAAUGGGUGUAAUAGGUGCGAAUUUCGGGGGAAAAAAGUGGGAAAAUCAAAGCAUUUUGUUUAUAUAUUUUUUGUGGAAAGGAAAAGAAACAACAUAAAUGGCUGUUUAAAUCGAAGUUUUCUCUUCAUAAUUCUUUUAUAAAAAUCGAAGUUCAUUCAUUUCCUAAAACAAGAAGAAAAAAUAAUUGCUUUAGAUUUUCCAGCCAAUCCAUGGACGCUCGCGUGAAGAAAGAGAUCAUUGAAACGAUAAGUGCACGAAAACGGAAGCUAAACGACGUAGCACGUAAACACCUUGAAUCGGUCAUCGAACUCAGCAGCAGUAGCAGUGAUUCGGACUCGAGUGAUGACUCAGACGGUCCGGACGAGAACAUCAAUGCAAACACCGCCAUUGCAGCUGUGGACCGACCUGAAGGCAGGAUUAGGAAGAAGAGGAAGGUGAAUGACGUCGAUUUUCAACUUCCGGUGGGGUUUUUGUCUACUCUACCGCCAGAUGAUCCGGUUCCAGCUCAGUUGGACUCUAUUACGGCGGUUGCGGAGGUUCAGGUGGUGCUGAGACAGCCGGAGCAGGCGGCAAGUAGGAUUUCGAGUGUGCUUUGCAAGCAGUUUUGGAAGGCUGGAGAAUAUGACGGAGUCUCAUCUACUGUUUGUGAUUUACCUUCAGGUGGCAUGGAUCGUGUAAGGGUUCAUCCAAAAUUUCUACAUUCAAAUGCAACGAGUCAUAAAUGGGCUCUUGGAGCUUUUGCGGAGCUUCUUGACAACUCUUUGGAUGAGGUCUGCAAUGGAGCAACAUAUGUUAAUAUGGACAUGCUUAAAUGUAAGAAAGAUGGGAAUCAAAUGUUGCUAAUUGAAGAUAAUGGUGGCGGGAUGGAUCCUGGUAAAAUGCGUCAGUGCAUGUCUCUCGGAUACUCGGCAAAAAGCAAACUAGCAAACGCCAUUGGACAAUAUGGUAAUGGAUUCAAGACUAGUACCAUGAGACUUGGCGCAGAUGUUAUUGUAUUUUCCCGGUGUCAUGGAAAAGAUGGAAAACAUCCCACACAGAGCAUUGGACUGCUAUCCUACACAUUUUUGACUAGCACAGGAAAGGAAGACAUUGUGGUACCCAUGCUGGAUUAUGAAUGGCGACAAGAAGAAUGGAGCAAGAUCAUACGAUCUACUGAUGGUGACUGGUAUAGGAAUUUGGACACUAUAGUGGAGUGGUCUCCCUUUUACAGUGAAGCUGACCUCCUUCGUCAGUUCAGUCUGAUGAAAGACCAUGGUACACAAAUUAUUAUAUAUAAUCUCUGGGAGGAUGACCAAGGACUAUUGGAACUUGAUUUUCUUGGCGAUCCACAUGAUAUCCAACUCAGAGGUGUUAACCGUGAUGAGACAAAUAUACAAAUGGCAAAACAGUUUCCCAACUCUAGGCACUUCCUGACAUAUAAACAUUCGCUGAGGAGUUACGCGUCAAUACUUUAUUUGAAACUUCCUCCUAAUUUCAGAAUCAUUUUACGCGGGAAAGAUGUUGAGCAUCACGACAUAGUUAAUGAUAUGAUGUUAACUGACAGGGUUACGUAUCGACCAAAUCCCAGUGCUGAGGGGGCCCCUAAGGAUUUGCAUCUGUCUGCUAUGGUGAUCAUUGGUUUUGUGAAAGAUGCCAAACAUCACAUUGAUGUUCAGGGUUUCAAUGUUUAUCACAAAAACAGGCUCGUCAAGCCUUUUUGGAGGGUUUGGAAUUCUUCCGGGAGUGAUGGUCGUGGAGUUAUAGGUGUUUUGGAGGCUAAUUUUGUUGAGCCAGCUCAUGAUAAGCAGGGUUUUGAGCGUACAACAGUUCUUGCCAGACUCGAAGCACGACUAGUACAAAUGCAAAAAACUUACUGGUCCAUUAAUUGUCAUAGAAUUGGCUAUGCCCCACGGCGUAAUAAGAAAAAUAUAAACCAGUCUCUAGCCAAAGAUACUUCUCCUGGUCGCGAUCCAAAACUAUCUACUAGAUUGAAUAAGAAUGGUACUUCUAGCAGCAAUCGACUCUCUUCAGACUCAGACAAGUCAUAUUCACCCUCAAGUUGGAAAAAAAGAGGAAAAGAAAGUCUGGGAUUUCGUGAAACAGUGGAUCGUGGAUAUGGUAAUGGACAUUUGUUUAACAAGGGUGAUUAUAAUAAAAAGCUGCUGAUAGAUGAAGGUAGAAAGGACAUGCCAAAAUCUGGAAAAGGAUCAAGCCCAUCUAGAAUAUCUUUCCAUCUGGCAGAAGAUGCAAGUAUUGAUGUGUAUGAGGUCUUACCUGAGAGACAAGCUAAUGAUUGUGGUCUGAAUGAUGGCGAGCCUUCGCUUUCUGAGGCCAACUUACAUAUACUGGAGCAAUUGACGCAGGAAAAUUGUGAAUUGAAGAAAAGAUUAGAGAAAUAUGAGGGAGCGCAUCAAAGCGAACUGCUCAAUGAUUUGCAGAAGGAAAGAAACCAAUGCAAAUCACUCGAAAUCGAGCUGACAGCAGCGCGGGAAAAAAUCGACAAUCUGAGCAUUGAACAUGAAAGUCUGAUUAACAUUUUCUCGGAAGAGAGGGAUCGAAGAAACAAGGAGGAAGAAAACUUGAGAAAGAAGCUAAAGGAAGCAUCUAAUACCAUACAAGAAUUGCUUGACAAGAUUAAGUUGCUGGAGAAGAUGAAAUCUCCCGUACUUCGAUAGCCGAUCAACAUUAUUUUCUGGUAACGACAGACUUCCCCUUACCCGUAUUUUUUGGUGCGUUUUGGUUUUGGGUUUGGAUCAAUGGCAAUUCAUUUUUGUAACAUUGGCUUAGGGGACAGCUCAAUAGAUUCACACCUUUACAUGUUUUGGUUUUGGUUAGUCUUAGUGACUUAUUUGCCAUCUAGGUAGGUAGUUGCCAUGUUAUUCGAGUUAAAUGACAUGAGUGUUGGGAAUGAAUAUAUGUAUAUUUUGAAAUUUUAAAUUUAUGUCCGAAUAUUUUAUCAUUAAAAAUUAUAUGCAUAUUGUAUAUUUUUCUUAUUAAUUGUGUAAGUAGAACAUGAUAACAUCAUGAAACAUGAAUUAUAUCUCUAUGAUUAUGUGAUGCGAAAUCCAGGACUCAAAUUCAAUGGUUAGAAUCGAAAAUUGAAUAAAAUGGAUGGUUCUUUUAUUAUAAAACACAUAUAAUCUGAAGAUGAAGAUGAUCAAUAUAACAAUAAAAAAAAAAGUGGUCUAACAAUAUAUCACAUAAAUAAUAAUAUCUCUAUGAUUCUAUUACUUUAUUUUAUUAACAUUUAUUAAUUAUCGAAUUUAUAAUAAUUGCUUUGUCUCAUGCAUAUCAUGUUUAAAGCUAGAUUUUUUCAAUGUAUAUAUUUUUGCCACUAUGAUUCAAAUUCAUGAGUUGCUUCUGGGUUGAAGAUGCUCCUCCAGAUGUUUGUGAAAUAGUUGCUGCGGACCGACGGUGGCUGGACCCUCCGUGAUUUCCGGCGAUUGUGGGUCUAUUUUGGGAUCGAGACUCUACAUAUGUUUGGGAUUAGGGUCCCCUCCGUUUCCGUUCCUACUCAAGUUGCUUUCUGGUGGGGAGGAUUGGUCGUUUUGCCGAGCUGAAGGUCGGGGGCUGGGGUUGUUUUCGUUUUUAGGGUUUCAGGUUAAUUUUUGUUGCUGAUUUGGGAUUUUUUCGUGGUUUGAUUUCUUUGUUGUGUUUUGCUGUUUCCUUUUCUUUAGCUCCGAUUGGGGCUUCUCUUUUGUUUGGGUUGUAUUGUUUUUUCCCCUUUCCAAUGUCUAUAAUAAAGCAAAGCGAAUCAUUUUCAAAAAAAA